AUGGCCGACAUUGAGAAGAAAGCCCGUCUCUCGGGCGAACAGGUGCGAAGUGCUGAGCCUGCCUCUAUCCUGCCAACGACAAACACUCCUCUCGAGAAGGCCGCUCCCGCAGCACCAUCUCUACACCCCGCCGUCUAUGUCGCGACAUGGAUCGGGUUCAGUGGAGGUGUCAUUCUCUUUAACAAAUGGCUACUGAGCACAUUGGGCUUCGCUUUCCCUAUCACGUUGACAGCAUGGCACAUGGGCUUCGCAACCUUCAUGACCCAGGUACUCGCAAGAACCACCACCCUGCUCGAUGGACGAAAGACCGUCAAGAUGACUGGCCGAGUUUACAUCCGGGCGAUCCUUCCUAUCGGUUUCUUCUUCAGCUUGAGUUUGAUCUGCGGUAACCAGGUCUAUCUCUAUCUAAGCGUGUCGUUCAUUCAGAUGCUAAAGGCUACAAUGCCCGUUGCUGUUCUCUUGAUCUCUUGGAUCAUGGGAAUUGCGCCUCCCAACCUCAAGACAUUGGGAAAUGUCUCAUUCAUUGUCGUGGGCGUAAUCAUCGCCUCGUAUGGUGAACUCGAGUUCGUUCUCACAGGUGUUCUCUAUCAAGUGGGUGCCAUCAUCACCGAGGGCACUCGCCUAGUGAUGGUACAAAGGCUACUCAGCUCGGCCGAGUACAAAAUGGACCCACUGGUUUCCCUCUACUAUUUUGCUCCGGUUUGCGCUGUCAUGAACGGUAUUACCGCUCUGGUUCUCGAAGUUCCCAGCAUGACCAUGAAGAAUAUUUAUGAUGUUGGCAUCUUCUUAUUGAUCGCCAACGCAAUGGUUGCCUUCUUGCUGAACGUCUCGGUGGUUUUCUUGAUUGGAAAGACGUCGUCUCUGGUCCUUACACUUUGUGGCAUCCUCAAAGACAUCCUUCUGGUCGGAUUGUCUGUGGCCAUCUGGGGGAAUCCAGUCACCAAGACGCAACUCUUUGGCUAUGCUGUCGCCUUGGGAGGAUUGCUCUACUACAAGCUUGGAGCUGAUCUGUUCAAACAGUACCUCAGCCAAGGUGGCCGUGCUUGGUCCGAAUUUGGCGUGCAGAGGCCCGCCAUGCGGAAAGCCUUGGUGUUUGGACUGGUACUCCUGACUCUCUUCAUGCUCCUUGGAGGACUGGCUCCCACCUAUGCCCCCGAGCAAACAAGCAAUUUGAAGAACAUGUUGACCACCGGCCUAGGCUCGUGA